CACGUCCAACCUUUCUAAGAGGGCAGACCCUUUUCCAAAAAAAACUCUCACGGCCCUUUCCAAUUUUUGUUCUUCUUUUGGAUAUUUUGACUAAAAUUUCACUUCAAGAUUAUCAUCUUGCUUGCUGUAGUAUCAGAUAAGAUAAAAUGGGCUAACAUAAGAGGAAGAGAACCAGGUCACCUUCUUCUGAUGCUAGUAAAAAAUCUAGAAGCUUAGCUGCUACUAUGAAACAAAGUGUUGCACGUAAGAAAAGAGCUACCACAUCAGUACAACAACUAAUUUAUGAAGCAGCUCGAGCAAGAGAGGCUUUUGCUUAUGCACCUUUGGAGAUGGUGGUACCUUUACACAAUCAGAUUUUGAUUGGUGAAAAAAAAACACUUGAGAAUAAUGGUGAAAAGUCAGGUGAAGAAGAAAAAAGUGGCGAGAGUGCAACCAAGAAAUCAAGUAAAGAGGAAAAGAGUGGUGAGAGUGCAACUCAGCAAUUAGGUGAAGAGGAAAAGAGUGGUGAGAGUGCAACUGAGCAAUCAGGUGAAGAGGAAAAAAGUGGUGAGAGUACAACUGAGCGUUCGGGUGAAGAAGAAAAAGAUAGAACUACGGCUGGUGACAUGGAUGGUAAUCAGGUUAGAGAAGAAAGAACUGAGAAUAGUACAUCAGCUACAUUAGAAAGAACAGAAGAUAGAGAAGAACAACAACUUGAUCAAAAUGAUGCUCAAUCAGUAGCCAUUGCAGGAUCAAUUAAUGAUACUGGUGGUGGUAAUUCAAAGGGUACUGGAUCACCAGAUAAUGAUAGUGAUCCCAAUGCUCUUUCUGUUCCAGAAUGUGUGAAGACCAUUUCCAUUGAAAAAUAUGUAUUUGAGACCCACUUGAAUUUGAAUGGUCCUUAUGAUUCAAGGAUCAAUGUGAGAGUCGGCUUUGGAACUCAAUUUGUUGAGUUUAGAAAGGUUUUGAUCGAUCAAGGUAUUGAGAAUGGUUUCAAAAAAACUUGUUUUGGUUUUUAAACUUGAAGAAAGAUGUAGCAAUACUUCUCCCAAUAAAGUUGGUGCACGGCCUUCUUCUUCGCCGAAUUUCUUGUGAGAAGAAAAAAGAAAUUUGGUGUGAUUACAAUGGCUUGCCUAUUUGUUUCGGCAUCAAUGAAUUCGCUAUCGUGACAGGACUUCGGUGUC